AUGCCAGAGGGUAUGGAAGGGAGGGGUUAUGAUUGGCUGAAGUGGGUUUGUUGCCUUGGCGACGGAGAGGGGUUUGGUAGCGUUGCUGUGCGGCGUGAUCUGCGCGUUGCGUGUAUGAGGAAGCAGCUGCGGAUGUGAUCUCCGACACUGUGAGAAACUGAGACAGACACCUGAACACACGAUUCCAGCCAUACUGCUAUUUUACAGGAACCGCGUGCAUGAUUACCUCCCUGGUUUAAUGGGUCCAAUCAUCGGGAUGUCGCCGGAUAAGAAAGCGGAAACGCCGGGGAUGCAGGGGGAAAGGGUGGGACUUAGGGGUUUGUGUGGGGGGGCGGGGACUCUCCCAGAGGCAGAGUGCAGUGCAGCCAGCCCAUUGGCCACCAGUCUGGACAGGGGUUCCGUUGGUUCCGGGGGCUCUGAGGAUGACGAGCUCACCAACCUCAACUGGCUCCAUGAGAACCUGCUCCAGAACUUUACGCUAGGGGGGGCCGGUGAGGCCGGGGCCCAACACAGUGCCAGCCCCCUCUUUGACAUUGAGGGCAACACCGGAGCCCCUCAGAAUCCCCCCUCUUCAUCCUCUUCCUCCUUGUCACAGAGAGACUCGUUGACGUCCAAGCCUCCCUUCUCAUUCUCUCUGUUGAUCUACAUGGCCAUAGAGCAGAGCCCCAGUAAGAGCCUGCCAGUGAAGGACAUCUAUGGUUGGAUCGUACAGCACUUCCCCUACUUCUCCUCGGCCCCCACUGGCUGGAAGAACAGCGUCAGACACAACCUAUCACUCAACAAGUGUUUCCGUAAGGUGGAGAGGAGCCUGGGAAAGCUGAAUGGUAAGGGUUCUCUGUGGUGUGUGGACCCAGAGUACAGGCCCAACCUGAUCCAGGCACUCAAGAAGCAGCACUUCCCUGCAGCACAUGCCUUCUGUACACCGCCUGCCUCCCCACCGCCUGCCUCCUCACCGCCUGCCACCUCACCCCAUAGACAUCUCUUCCUGCCGGGCUGCUCUCUCAAAGAGUCUGACAUAGAUGCUGCCACUGCCAUGAUGCUCUUAAACGCCGCCCCUGGCCAUCACCAUGCCAAUCCAUGUGAUCCAGAGAGUCCCUUGGACCUGUCCCGGCCAGACUUGGUCCUGGUGAGCAGCGAUCCUAACCAGGACCACAACUACAGCAGUAUGGCCCUGCAGCGCUGCUCCUCCCGCUCCUCCUCGUCCUCCCUCGAAGAUGGAGGCCCCUCCCCUGGCCAUGCCCACCACAGGCCCCGUACAUGCCGCGCUGGCAGUGAGGGUUUCCAUAGUGAUGAGGAUGACUCCGACCUCGGGGACCGGGAUGAGAGAGGCAGCCGCCCCCGGCCUGCUCCUCGCCGCUCCUCCUCUUCGGUGAAGCACCCAGCGGGUAAGAGGGCCCGUAGGGAGCUGACAGCCAACCCAGAGCUGGAUGAGGAGCUGAAGGAGGCGGCCGGGUCUCUACUCCACCUGGCUGGGAUCCGUACCUCCAUGGACCUUAACAAACGGAGUGCCAAGAGCAAAAAACUGAACAGGAAAUGAGGUUGUCAUACUUUCCUGCCCCUGCCCUCAGACUCCUGCCCCUGUAACCCCUGACCCCUGAUCUGAUCUGAUCAUGUGUCCUGAUUGGUCUUGGUUGUGCCUCCUUUUCUGGUUGCUGAUUUUAAACCUGUUUUUGGUUUGACACAUGAUGGGAUAUCCCUCACUAUCCAACACAACAAAUGGCAAUAGUAUCAUUGACACAGGAGAACAAAGCCAUAUUGAGACUUUUAAAACUGGGGUGUAUCAGGUGGGUGGGUCAGCGUAAAACAGGGGUGUUUGAGGACUACGGAGAAGAACCAUCACAAAACUGCUUGUUGUUUCUGAUGGCUUCGCUGCAGAUCCUUACAACUCUAAUAAUGUUUUGAGGGAUAAGACGGGAAAAGCUGAAACUUUUUAAAACUCAAAAGCUUUGCAUGCUUCCUCAACUUGUAUCCUCUUCCAAGUGAACCUAUUUCUAAGAGAAUGAGUGCAUGUCUCUAACAAACUAACCUCUCCUCAUGUUGAAGUCAGUUUCUCCAUGCUGAAGAUAACACUGUUUUUUGAUUGGUUGACAUCCUUGGUCUGGAAAACCUUCCAAAGAGAUGCAAUAACUUAAACCACUUUUUGUAUUUUUCCUGGGUUGAUGAUGGUACUGCUGUUUAAAAACAACAGAUUAAAGUAGUGCGGCUGAUCGUAAACAUCCUUCCACGGAGUGGAACGCUGGACUGGGUCCAUGUCAGGGUUUAAUAGCAGGGAAUGGAAACGUAACCAAGGGAAUGUUGGAACUCUGAUACUGUCAUGGUGGGCAGGGAAAUGAAAUAAAGGUGUCCGACUGCUAGAUCAGGAAGAGUCCACUCUAGUCCUACUCUGAGAGAAACAUCAUUACAUCUAGAUCAGGAAGAGUCCACUCUAGUCCUACUCUGAGAGAAACAUCAUUACAUCUAG